CCAAUUUUAUUCUGAACGUGUUUGGAACUGCCUAUGAUCACGACCUUUUGGGAACAGACUCCGAGCUGUUUCAUUCAAGGAUUCCUUAACGUCCCCCACAUACACACACACACACACACACACACACCACUCAAUCCCUGAGCCAAGACCCUGGGCCUGGGGACCCAGCUUCUCUGUGAGUCACAUCUCUGCUCCUCGAGUCUAGGUGGACGAAGGGAAAGGGCUGGCUGCCCUGCCGCCUUCUGUCUUCACACAACUGCCGCCUGAGGAGCCGCAGCGAGGGUAGUCGGGCCCCAUCCUUCUCGGCGCUCCUACCCAAGGCACAGCCUCUGUUCCAUGAGUUGGGGCCGGAUGGGAAGAGGGGCUCCCCAUUUGUUAACUGCUCGGGGCGGGUGAGAGCCCUGACAUCUUGCUUCUGACUGGGAGCCCCCGGGCCAGGGCCGGAAAGCUCUGUGUUCUGGAGUUUCUGAGCAGAGACGGGGAAGAGAUCACCGCCUCUGGCUCUCUUACCAAAGAAUUUUUGUAGAUUUUUCGGAAGAGGUAUUUCUUCACUGGCUGUUUAACCUCUGGGGCCGUAUCCAGGCGCUUCGAAUAGUUGUUUGCCUUCGUUCUAAACAGUUUUCAUCCGUUUCCCUGGGGAUGAAUCAGCUGAGCUCUCCACGCAAGCUAACUCUCAUUCCCUCACGCUUAAAACUGUUUCGAGAAAAGUUAGGAAAUUUCCAAAAAUUGCCAGAAACCGGUUUUUGGGAGCAGAUUAUAGCGUUAGCCCGCUCCGGUGGCUACUUCUUGUCCUAGCACGUCCGCAAAAUGCCCUGACCUCGAAUCGAGGACCAGCACCACCCAGCCCGGGCUGCACCGAGGACCCAGCCAGUCACCGCGCUGUCAACAGGAAGCAGCGGCCUCAGCUUCUCAGAAGAGCAGCCGCCCGGCAGGGACUCCGGGGCCGAACCACCAUUGCAAAGAUUUUGGAAAGACAUGAAGAAAAUCCUCAGAAAUGAUGUCUACAGCCCCAUGGCCUCCUGCUGACUGGUGCAGAGCUUUUCUCCUGUGGUUCCUUGACAUGACCCUGUGCAGGAUGUCUGCCGAAGUCAUCCAUCAGGUGGAAGAGGCGCUUGAUGAAGACGAGAAGGAGACGCUGCUUUUCCUGUGCCGGGAUGUCACCGCAGACGCCGUGCCGCCGAAUGUCAGGGAGCUCCUGGAUGUUUUAAGUGAGCAAGGCAAGCUGUCGGUGGUGGACUUGGCUGAGCUGCUCUACAGAGUGAGACGGUUCGACCUGCUCAAGCGGAUCCUGAAGAUGGACAAGGCAGCCGUGGAAGCCCACCUGCACAGGCACCCUCACCUUGUUUCCGACUACAGGGUGCUGAUGACAGAGAUCGGUGAAGAUUUGGAGAAAUCUGAUGUCUCUUCAUUGAUUUUCCUCAUGAGAGAUUAUAUGGGCAGAGGCAAGAUAGCCAAGGAUAAGAGUUUCUUGGAUCUUGUGAUUGAGUUGGAAAAACUAAAUCUGGUUGCUCCAGAUCAACUGGAUUUAUUGGAAAAAUGCCUAAAGAACAUCCACAGAAUAGACCUGAAGACAAAAAUCCAGAAGUACAAGCAGGCAGCUCAAGGAGUGGAAAGAAAUUAUACGAAUGGUUUCCAAGCAUCUCUUCCAAACUUGAAUCUCAAAGAUUUUUCAUAUAACUUACUGUUCCAGAAUGGGAGAAAUAAAGACCAAAGACUUGUGGAACGACUUGGCAUUCCAAGAGCAGUGAAGACGUCCAUCCAGGAAUCGGCAGCCUUCAUGCCUCAGCACCCACCAGAAGAGAGAUACAGGAUGCAGAGCAAGCCCCUGGGGAUCUGCCUGAUCAUUGAUUGCACUGGCAAUAACGUAGAGGCUCUUCAAAACACCUUCGCUUCCCUGGGCUAUGAAGUCCAGCCCUGCUCGGCUCGCCGUGUGGAUGACGUAAUCCGGACUCUUGGCCAAGUGGCCUGCAUGCCCCAGCACCGAGACUAUGACAGCUUUGUGUGUGUCCUGGUGAGCCGAGGAUGCUCCCAGAGCGAGUUCGGAGUGGACGAGAAUCACUCGGGGUUCCCUUUGCAUGGCAUCAGGAGGAUGUUCACGGGGGACUCAUGCCCUUCUCUCAUAGGGAAGCCAAAGCUCUUUUUCAUUCAGAACUAUGUGGUGUCAGAGGGCCGGCGGGAAGACAGCAGCCUUCUGGAGGUGGACGGGCCGGCAGUGAACACAGUGGAAGCCAAGGCCCCGCAGCCGAGACCCUCCAUGGUUCACCGGGAAGCUGACUUCUUCUGGAGCCUGUGUACUGCGGACGUGUCCCUGCUGGCUCGGUCCCCUGGCUCACGGUCCAUGUACCUGCAGUUCCUCUCCCAGAAACUGGGCCGAGAAAGAAAUCGCCCACUCCUGGAUCUCCACGUUGAACUCAACAGCAAAGUGUAUGAUUGGAACAGUCGCGCUCCUGCUAAGGAGAAGUACCACGUCUGGCUGCAGCACACUCUGAGAAAGCAGCUCAUUCUUUCUCACCAAUGAAAAGCCAAAAGCUGUUCUUAGUUCCAUGUCCGAGAGAGAGAGAGAGAGAGAGAGAGAGAUCUUCCAUCCACUGGUUCACUCCCCAAAUGGCUGCAACAGCCAGUGUUGCGCCAAUCCGAAGCCAGGAGCGAGGAGCUUCUUCCCGGUCUCCCAUGUGGGUGCAGGGCCCAAGCACUUGGGCCAACCUCUACUGCUUUCCCAGGCCAUAGCAGAGAGCUGAAUUGGAAGUGGAGCAGCUGGGACUCAAACUGGUGCCCAUAUGGGAUGCCGGCACUGUAGGCGGUAGCUUAACGUGCUAUAUCUCAGCACCCGCCCAAUAUAUUAUAUAUUUUUAAAAUUGGCUUUGGCGGAUGUGCAUCUGUGUGCAUUUAUGUAUGUUUUGCCACAGUUGUGUCACUGCGGGUUAAAAGAGUGGAAGGGCAGUUUUCAGACUCCAUGACCAGAUAUUCCUACUUGAAAAGUUUUUUUUCUGUUGUUGUUUUCAUGUAGGAAGGACCCUUGAGAGUUCCUUUACCUGUAGCCUACAGACAUCAGUAGGAAGUAAUGUGUAGCCUACAGACAUCAGUAGGAAGCCACUAUAUUUAUUUAUAUUAUAUUGUACUUUGAUGUUUAUAUAAAUUGCCAAGAAAAUAUAAAUAAAACUUAAUAAAUUUCACAGAUUAAACUUUUGUUUAUAAAUAUUGAUGGCAAAUGUAAUGAUAUACUUUAUUCAUUCAUUCAAAAGCACAAGGCUAGUAUAUUGGAUUUUCUUAAAGGUCUUAAACACAUUGCAUAUAGAUGGAUGCAUUUUUCCAAUGAUUACCUAAUGAUCAAUACAUUUGGUUACCAAAGUAAGUGUAUACUGUGUUUGGCUUUAUUUCUUAAUUUGCUUUAUAGUCCUAUUCUUUUGCAGGUUUACAUUUCAAAUUCUCUGAGGUUAUGGCAGGCAGGAGUUGAUAGUCUAUAAACCAGAGAUUAAGAUACAAAAUGUGAUUGAAUGUGUUUUACAAGUUGGCUUGGCUGAGUCCAUCAUCUGGUUAGAUGAGCUGCUAGAUUAUAUCCGUUAUCUUGGGAGCUACCAACUGCUGAAAUUAUCCACUUUGACCCAUCAGAUAUGCUUUAUUUUUUUCCUGACCUCAUUUCUCUCAUGUAUUUUUAAAAAGAUCUUAUUGCAUAUGUUUGAGGCUUGCAACAUGAUGGUGAGAGAUACACAGAUAGUAUCUGUAUAGUAUCUGCUCCAGUGGGGAAGCAGAUCACUUUUCUAUCCUCUCAUAUCAUUACUUCCUUGUGACAAGGACACCUGAAUUCUAUAUAACAAGAAUCCCUAAUCCCAUACAAUUUUAUUAACCUUAGUCCUCCUGUUAUACUUUAGACCUUUAAACUUGUUCACUUUAUUUGUAUGUAUUCUUAUCAGAGUCUAACCUCUCUACUUAAAAAUAAAAAGUAAUCAUAUGGUCUUUUGUAUUGUCUGAGCCUUGAAUUCUGAAAAUCUUUCACAUUAUGUGCACCUUCUUGGCUCUGCAUGAUUAACUCUUCUAUCAUUCAAAGUAUUUUAGAUACAAGUAAUGGAAGAUGUAACACAACACAAAGAUCUAUUUUGAAUGUUUGUUUAAUCUCAUUAACCAGGAAGUCCAGUGGUAGGGGGUAGUUGCUUUGUUGGUUAAUUUAUUGGCUCCGGGCCGGCGCCGUGGCUCAGUUGGUUAAUCCUCUGCCUGUGGCGCUGGCAUCCCAUAUGGGCACCAGGUUCUAGUCCCGUUUGCUCCUCUUCCAGUCCAGCUCUCUGCUGUGGCCCAGGAAGGCAGUGGAGGAUGGCCCAAGUGCUUGGGCACCUGCACUCACGUGGGAGACCAAGAGGAAGCACCUGGUUCCUGGCUUCAGAUCGGCAUGGUUCCAGCCGUGGUGGCCAUUUAGGGGGUGAACCAAUGGAGGGAGGACCUUUCUCUCUGUCUUUCUCUCUCACUGUCUAUCUGUCAAAAAAAAAAUUAUUGGCUCCAAUGAUGUCAUCAAGGACUUGAUCUUUUUCACCUUUUCUCUCUGCAACCACAUCAUCUUGGCCUUUGUUUUCAGUCAUCUAAUGGCUGCAAGACGGUUAUGGGUCCAAGUAUGACAUCCAAAUGUCAGAAGAGAAAGCAUGUCUUCCUUCUGUCUCAAGCUGAAAGGAAAAUUUCCCCAGAAGUGCUCUUUCCCUUCACCUCUCAUUGGCUACAGUCGCAAGAUGUGUCCAUCCUUAAACUGGUCACGACAGGGGUUGUGGCAUGGUUGUGCUUGGCUUAUAUCAACACAGAUUCAGUCCCUUGGAACUGAGGAGAGAUUCUGUCUCCCUGAGGUGCAAUGGUCUUCACAAGCUGGGGUCCUGUGGGGAAGUUUGAAAAAGUGGGGUAUGGCACCUGCUGUGGGGUAGACAACCAUAGUCGUCCCAGAAGGGCGAGAACACCGAAACAUUGAUUAAACUGAAGCACACGAUGAUUUUCCCAACUUGCAGAGGAAAUCAGCAGUAAUACCAGGUGCAGCAUGUGAACAACCAGUCUGAUGAUCUGGUGUUCUUCAGAAAUUAGAACAAAUGUUCGUAAUGUGCAGCAUGCAUUCCAGGGCAGGCAUCCUACACCUCUCCCUGCUGUUUGUGAAGGUCAUUGUCCUACCUUUCCAGGCCCAUCCUCUCCCUGCUGUGGCCCGUGGCCCAUACCAUGCCUUAUCCCAUCUGCCUGGCGUGGGGAAAAUUUAGAGCUUGGCAAAUGAGCAUCUUUGUUGCCUUUCCUUCCCUCUUUUUACACAAUCAUUUUGAAAAAUUAUGUUGUAUUGUCUAUUUCUUUACUUUUUGCCACUUUUCUUUUUUGAUGUUGGAUUCUGCUGUUUUUAUACCAUCAAGCAUCAGGCAAUCCCCCAAUCCCAAUGAGAAGACUACUACUUGUAAUUACUACUUGUAAUUCUUUGUGACUUUUGCUCACUAGCAUGUGGUAUGGUGUGGAGGGAAGAGAGGUUGUGGUUUCAAGCUUAGGCUGACCCUGCCUCCCUUGCCUACCUCAUAGAAUUGUUCUGAGGAUGAAGUGAGAGAUUCUUUAUGACUAUGUCUUGCUAGACCAUGCCAUUAACCCACAUUCUGGAGGGGCUGCUUUGGAAAGGUGGAAUCAAACAUGGCAUAGCAGAUAGGAUUUGGGUAUGUUGAGAUGGAAUAGAGAACGUGUUGUGAGAGAGAAAACAAGUCAACUGAGGGACAAACAGCAAUACAGGGCAAGCUGAGGAAACCUUGGGUGUAACUUAGCACGUAUGAGGAGGUGUGAGUAGGAAGGUAUGAGUCGCAGGCUGAGAGAUGGCUGGAGUCAGAGGGUGGAGUGCCCUGAAGGUCCCCAUCUUUUAACUUUAGCCCGUCUUCAUGUAAGUUAUUUUUCUUAUUUUAAUAGUAGAAUCUUCGAUUCUUUCUUUGCUUCUUAAAAAUGCAUUCAUUUAUUUGAUGGGUAGAAAGAGAGAGCGAGAGCGAACUCUCAUCUACUGGUUCACUGCCCAAAUGCUCACAAUGGACAAGGCUGGACUGGGUCAGAGCCAGGAGGUGGGGAAGCCAGGAGCUCAGUCCAGGUCUCCCACGUGGGUGGCAGUGAGCCAACUAUUUGAAUCAUUAGCUCUGCGUCCCAGGGUCCCCAUUAGCAGGAAAGCUGGAAUCAGGAGCCAGAACCAGCAGUCAAACCCAGGCCUUCCAAUGUGGGACACGGUGUGCUAGCUGGUGUCCUAACUGCCGGGCCAAAUGCCUCCCUCCUCUGGAACUUUCUCUAAAGCUUUUGUACAUGAGCACUUGAUGAUUAAAGGCUCUUCUUACUUUUCACUGAGCAUAGUUUUUAAUUAAAUAUUUGAGAUAAACUUAGAAUUACAUAUAGAUAAAAUAAUGAGUAAUCCAGAUUAAAUAAAAUGUUCUAAUAUAUAUAUAUAUAUAUACGUAUAUAUGAAUCAUAUCAUUUUAAGAGGCAGUACUCCUAAAUAGUCAUGUAAAAGAGAUGAGGGGAUGAAACUAUUUCAAACCUCACAGUAGCCUGCCCAAUAACUAGGCAAAUGUUCAGAUGAAAGAUUCACUAACUGAAGUUUUAUGAGUGGACAGUGAGAGAGAGAGAGAGAGACAGAGAGAAAGGUCUUACUUUUGCCGUUGGUUCACCCUCCAAUGGCCGCCACGGCCAGUGCGCUGAUCCGAAGCCAGGAGCCAGGUGCUUCUCCUGGUCUCCCAUGCGGGUGCAGGGCCCAAGGACUUGGGCCAUCCUCCACUGCACUCCCGGACCACAGCAGAGAGCUGGCCUGGAAGAGGGGCAACCAGGACAGAAUCCGGUGCCCCGACUGGGACUAGAACCCGGUGUGCUGGUGCCACAGGCAGAGGGUUAGCCUAUUGAACCGUGGCGCCAGCCUGUAGCUGUCAAAAUUUUAUAUCCAUACAUAAACAUCAUAUAUACACAUAAAGUUUAUAUAGUAUAUAUAAAAUAAAAUGUUAUCUAAAAUGAGAACCUAUAUCAGCUGAGCUAUUUUCCGCUUAUUUUACGUGAGCUAUCUCAUGUAAUCCUCAAACCAGCUUUAUGAGGUAGGUGUUACUGUCCUCAUUAUUGUAUUAGAUGAAGAAAAUGAGGCAAAGUGAUAUUGAGUAGCUUACAUGCGGUCACCUCGCACCAGUAUGUGAACUCAAGCUAUGCAGAGUCUUUUCACUACACUUCGAAUCACAAUAACCAGUUCUUGGGGUGACUUCUACAAAGCAUGUUACAGCACAGGAGAUGCUCAUACAAUAAUCUUCCCAGGACAAGCACCAAAUACCAUAUCUAGUAUGUUUAUAGUAAAUGUCCUUAAAAUAAAAAUGAAAAAUUUCUUUCCUAGGAAAACAAAGUCUACAAGGCUGGCAGAAGUGUAAUGGGUGUUUUUGCUUUUCUUUUCCAAAUUCUCGUCUCUGUAUUUGAGGAUACUGCUGCCUAUACCAAAGCCAAGCUCCUUCCAUUUGAUUCUGAGUGUUGGGGGCUUGUUGCUGACGAAGCCCCCUCUCUGUUCUUAGGUUCCAGUUCAUUCUAGCUCUAAUCUCUUCCAUGAAUUGGCCUUGGUGGGGGUCUUGUGAACAUUUCUUGUCUGCAGCAUUUGCAAUGGAGCCUUUUCUCUUCCCAGACUCUAGCAGCAAUUUUUCAGGAUUAAGCACGUUUCUUGUGCCACCAAGAGGUCAGACUUUAAGGUCAGCCUUGUCAAAUUGGCUCACUUUCCCUACUAGCCACUCUUCCUAGUUCUCUCUAGUCAUAGAAACGCUGGCUUGUAACUGUGCACAAGGCCCUGCAGAAUACAGCCUGCUUGCCCAAACCUCAACUUGUAGUGAGAUAUGGUCAUAGGACCAAGUCCCGGCCAAUAGCACUUAAUCAGAAGCAUCACAUGGCAGCUUCUGGUAACUGUUUCUUAAAAGACAGCUGUUUUUUGCCCUCUGCUCUUCUUUGUCCCUUCCUCCAUCCUGUUGCCUAGAAGGUGGAGGUGAUGGCUGGCAUUCCAGCUGCCAUCUUGAAAUGCAAAGAUAGGUGCCAUACUGUAGGGAUAGCUGCAUGGUGAGUAGGAAGAAGCUUUGUUGGAUGAUGGCAUGAAGGCAGCACACCUGCCUCUGGACUUCUACAGGAGAGAAAAACAGUGGGGGGUUAUAUUUCUCUUAACCUAACUAGUCCAACUGAUAUUGUUGUUUGGUUAGAAUGUAUGAAAUAUUUGUGCAUGUUGUAAAUUUGAAAGAAAAAUUUGUCUAGGGGCUGCCAUUGUGGUAUAAUGUGUUAAACCUCUACUUGCAAUGAGUGCCAGUUGUGGCCAUCUGGGGAGUGAACCACUGGAUGGAAGAUCUCUCUUUCUCAUUCAAGUCUGCUUUUUAAAUAAAUAAAUCUUUUUUAAAAAUCUA